AUGGAGACGACCGGGCACUCACAAAACCUUCCUCUGGGGGACUAUGGAUUCAUUGGGUUGGGGAUAAUGGGAUACCCCAUGGCCCAAAAUCUGCGUAAAGCACUACCUCCAACGUCAACACUUGUGAUAUGCGAACUUUCACAAAAACAGAUCGAUAAGUUCAUCUUGGAAACCUCGCAACAUGGCCCCAUCAAAGUCGUUUCCUCUCCCAAAGAGGUCUCCGAUAAUUCGGACUUCAUCAUAACUAUGCUUCCAAAGGGGCCUCACGUCCUUGGCGUAUUCACCAAUCCAACGAACGGCCUCCUUGCUGCCGCUCCAUCCGCAUCGCCCAAAUUCUUUUUGGAUUGCUCAACCAUUGAGACUGCCACAUCUCUAAAGGUCGGAAAAGCAGUAGAGAGUUCUGGGCUAGGCCGAUUCGCCGACUCUCCCGUCUCUGGGGGUCCAAAUGGCGCCUACUCAGCAACGUUGACUUUCAUGGUGGGUGGUUCGACAGAGAUCUUUGAAUUGGUUUCCCCAGUUCUGGCAACGAUGGGGAAAAGAGAUUCUCUUUUCCAUUGUGGGCCAGCAGGUGCAGGACUUGCAACAAAGCAGAUUAAUAACUACCUCUCGGCUGUGAGCAUUAUCGGCGUUUGUGAGGCAAUGAAUAUGGGAGUUAGAUACGGGUUGGAUCCGAAGAUCCUAUCAGGCGUUAUUAAUGUCUCCAGCGGGAAAUGCUAUAAUUCACUCGACCAAAAUCCAGUCAAAGGUGUUACGUCAACAGCAGCGGCGAGUAAAGAUUUUGAAGGCGGUUUCAGUAUGGAGCUAUGCAAAGGUGUGGUGGAAAUGGCAGUCCAGCUGGGGAAAGAUGUGGGCGCAAAGAACGUCCUGUCUGAUUUGGUCAUGAAGACAUUUGAAGAUGCUAGUCAGGAUGAGAGGUGCAAAGGAAAGGACUGCAGGUCGGUUUAUAGGUAUAUUUCCGAAUAG